AUGAUCGCGCCCUUUUCCCUGGUGCUGUGUGCGCUGCUCCUCAUGGUGGUGGGUAGGGCCCAAUAUGCAGAGCAGCUCACCCCAAACAGCACGAGCCAGUGCUACUCUGGUCUCAAUCUGGGCUGGUCAGCGCGUGUGGGCAGCAGCGUAUACGCCACACCGCGCAUCGUGGAUCUGGCGCACGACGGCCACAAGGAAGUGCUCAUCCCCACCUUCUCUCAGUUCCUGGAGGCGCUGGACGGACCCACCGGGGAGGACAUCCCCGGCUUCCCGUUCAUGCACCCCCGCAUGAAAACAUAUGCGAGCCCCCUUCCCGUGGACCUGAACGGAGACGGUCAGGUUGAUUGGUUGGUUGCACUGUACACCGGGGAGCUCGUCAUAUUCGGCUCGGAUGGCAAGGCGCAGGGCUAUUUGCAGGUGCCGCCGCUCACCAUGAAGAGGAACUGGGUGAGGGACAACCUGCCGCCUCAGCAAGCUGCCAACAUCCGCCCUGGCACACCAAUCCAAAACGGAACUGUUCUGGAGGACAUCUUGAGAGCGCGCCACAUGGACGACCUGACAAUCACCCCUGACGAGGUGCUGCAGCAGCGGAGUCGCCAUUCCCUAACUCGACGACGCCACACCCCGACAGGAGCGGCGGAUAUGGACGAUGAAAACUACGACACUCUUGCAAAGGUCUCGGAGCAGGACGUGAUCGAGGACAAACCGAACCCGUUGUUUGACGCUGAUGAGCUCGAUAUAGACGAGGAGAUGGGUCCUCCAUGGGUGAAAUCAGAGAUGGACGUGGGACCAAACAGCCACCUUAGUCCGGAGGCGCGUGCCUCUCUGGACCUUCUCUUUCAUCCAGAGCUUUACCGGACCUCGAAUCUGGCUACCGGUUCGGAAGAGACAAUGUUUGAGGGCCGCAACUUGCGACGGACAGCCGACAUCAUCCUCAGUGAGGACGAGAUCAAGGUGGAUGCCCACAUCCUUGCUACCCCGGUGGUAACGGAUGUGGACCAGAACGGCGACUUGGAUGUCAUUCUGCAUGUUAGCUACUUCUUCAGCAAUGACGUGAUCAACAAGCACCCGGAGCGGUUUCCAGACGGAGUUGACCCUCACGACUUCGUCGCCACGGCAGUCGUGUGCCUGAACCUUGUCACGGGCGAAACACGAUGGGCCCACUUGCUACAUGCAUCAACCAAGAACAGCUCCAACGCUGCCUACGCCCUGAGCACCCCGCUCAUCAUCAACGCCGACGAAGACCGAUCCAUGGAAGUGUUUGUCAGCACCUCUCCCGGCUUUGUGUUUGGCUUCACCGCGGAUGGGAAACCGUUGGGUGGGUGGCCGGUGCUGCUCGGGCCCCUCUCCGCCAGCCCGACAGCGGAGGACGUCACAGGCGACGGCACCCUCGAUAUCUGCAUUGGCGACACGGAGGGAAAGGUGCGGUGCUACAACGCCUCUGGCACUAUCAUGUGGGAGAAGGAUGUGAUCGGUGGCGUGGCCGACCGUCUCACUUUCGGCGACGUUGACGGCGACGGUGUCGUCGAUGUUGUCUUUGGCACCACCUCGGGUCUUAUCUACGCCCUGCGCGGCACCGACGGCACCGUGCUCCCGUCCUUCCCCAUUGUGACGGGUGGCUCCAUCGUGGCGCCAGUGCUGCUGCUGAACCUCAACGGCAUGAUGUUCGGCGAGGGUCUCGAUAUUGUGGUGCCGUCGCACAACGGCCGCGUGUACCUUGUGCGUGCCUCCUCCGGCUGUGUCCAGACAAUCGACAUCGACGAGAAGUCCUCCUCCAUGGUGCUCGCUGACGAUGUGUUGGGCAACGGACAGAUGGACCUCGUCGUGACCACCAUCAAUGGCGGUGUCUAUGUCUUCGAGACGGCCACACCGUACACUGCCAUGAACGCCUGGCCCAGCAAAACGAAGGGGGUUAACGGCUGCAGUGCGAGCGGGAACCACGUUGGCAUCUCCAUAUCCCCCAACUUCCGCACCUUCCGCGACAUUCGCGGCGACACGUUCAACGUUGAGUUUACGAUCUACGAUGCCCGGCCUGUCAUCAUGAACCGCAGCUACGCCGUCGACAUCACCGUCGGCACUCGUAUCCGCCUCUACCGCAUGCGCUUCGACAAACCGGGGACACAUAAUGUGAAGGUGCGCGCACCUUUAGAGAGGAUGUACUCGUCAUUGAAUGUGGUUCUCACGCUGCCGAACGGACAGUCGUUCACGGACUCCAUCUCCCUCAGCUUCAAUAUGUACUUUAUGCACGCCAUCAAGUACACGCUCAUCGUGCCGUUCUUAGUGGUGUCAGCGGCGCUCAUGCUGGUCCACAAGCGCCACGAGGUCGUCGAGCCAGAGGCGGUGCAGUAUCUCUUUUAG